AUGGCAUCAUCAUCAGAGACGGCGAGUCCCUCUAAGCUGGAUCGAAAGCUGAAUAGUUACACACCACUUAAACCCACGGAUAAAACCAAGGACUUCCUCCGUGACUUCUUCAAGGUUCUUCCUCCUGAUGGAAAAGAAAAUCUGGCGGGCGACGUUUCGGGGUGUGCAAACGAUGAGAAGCUUCGGCAACUGAUCCAAAGCAUCAGAAGUGGUUUAUUGAUUCCUAUGAAAGCACAGGGUGGCAAAACACCCACUGAAAUCACUCCGUCUCCGCGUUCUGGCGUUGAAGAUUCAAUCGAGAAUCUCAAGAGCCUAAACAUCGAGCCUAUCAGUAGAAGCUCUCCAUCGCAACUCCGGCACCGCUGUUUAGAAAGAGAUGGCAACAAAUGUCUUGCAACGGGGCAGUACAGUCACAGCCACGCCCAUCCACGGAACGCAAUAACGACCCAUCUUGAAGCGGCCCAUAUUAUUCCGUUUGCACUUGGAUCCUUUCAGGCCAAUGACGGCGAGGCAGUGGACAGACAUGCAAAGAUUUGGGUCAACCUAAGGCGCUACUUUCCAGUUCUUCGGAAUAUGUCCUUCACCUCAGAACAGAUCAAUUCGGAAAAGAACGUGCUGAUGCUAGACGCCCCACUUCACAUGGAAUUCGGUCAAUUCAGACUCAUUUUUGAAGAAACCGGAGUUGCCCACCAAUAUCGAAUCAAGACCUUUCCAGAUACCGCCACAGGGCCAAUACGAAAUUUACCUAAAAGUCGGCUUGUCAAAUUCAGAGUUCACAAAGGAAGAAGGGAACUUCCAGAUCCUAAACUUCUCGGAAUCCACGCUUGUAUUGGAAACUUUCUACAUAUGAGUGGCCAGGCGGAGAUAAUCGACAAGGUCCUGGAAGAUUUUGAAGAGUGUGGUGGGCUUGCCCCGAGUGGAAGCACCAACAUCGAAGAACUUCUUGCAGUGAGCGGUCUCUCACUACUAUCUUCGACUGCCCACGAAACGUCCGAUUCCCAAAAGUCUACAGAGAAGUAA